UACACCAAUGGCCACAGAGUUGUUCACAGCUACUGAUCUAAACAGGGACCAGGAGAUCACAAGGGUGGAAAUCGAACGCAGUUUUGCGAAGUAUGACGAAAACGGUGACGGAAGGGUCAGCCGGGCCGAGUACAUGGACUUCGUUGACCGCUACACUCCGGACCUUCACGCGCUCGGACAGGAGUUGUACAACGACUAUGACAUCAACAAAGAUCACCACAUCGAUAUCACCGACUUCGAGGCUUACUUUACGAUACUCGACACAAGUGGUAAGUCUAGUUAA